CCGCUGCGAGGAUGCGGAUGCUCCAGGCGGUCGCGUCUCCCGCCGGACGGACCCAACGCUCGCCGCGGGCGGGGAGCCCCGUCCCCAACCGCCCCGGGAUGGAUUUCGAGGGCCAGAAGCUGGCCGAGCGGCUGUUCAAGGCCAUCAUUCUGGCCUCGGCGGCCAUCGGCUUCGUGUCCGGCUACGUGGCCGAGCAGUUCUGCUGGACGCUCAGCAUCCUGGCGGUCGGCGUGGUGGGGUCGUGCUUGCUGGUACUCCCCGCCUGGCCCCUGUACCGCCAGCACCCCCUCAAAUGGCUGCCCGCCCGGGAGCCCGGGAGAGGAAACCCCCCGGCCCGCUGACCGAGCCGCCGUGGAGAUGGGAGCCAAACCGGCGCGACUCGAACUCCAUCGGCCGACGGGAAAAGAAAAGGGCUGCCUUCAAAGGGACUUUAUAGUGGAAAACCUCCCAACUUGGGCUCGGUUUUUGUGAGCUAUUUAAAUCUGUCAUAAAGCUCUUUCCCAAACUGUG